ACGACAGCAAGCAUCCCAGCUCUAAACUUCGAAAGGACAAAAACCUAAACSCUUGAAACACAAGUCUUAAGUGAAAUGAAGACGGGGAAUUCUUGAAAGAUAACGAAAAAAGAUGAAUUUGACACUGGGAACUUUGUUGGUGCUGAUGUCAGKCUUAUUCCUUGGAGUACUAAGCCAGAACUGCGAAAAAAACUCAUAUCUGCCUAAAGGUCUUGCAUGUAGUCUGAAUGUUUUCAUUCGCUCUGAGGGACAAAGUGACACCAACUUGUCAGCUCCAUUAGGAUCGUCGUUCCUGAUCGUAAAUGGGCAGGACUACAGUAGAAAAUCACGUGGUAUCAAUGUGGCGGUAUUUGACUUCAUGACAGGUCGUUACAUGACGGGAGAUGUAUUCGAUGUGAAAGCAGGUGCAGCCGAAGGCACCAAGUUAAAGGASUUCAUACAGAACCUACCAAACAAUGUUAUUCUCCUGAUGGCGGUCCAAGGGACAGGGAAUGCUAAUAGUAACCUAAAUGAUGCUAUCCCCGCAUUGACUAGUGUAGGCGUCAACGAUACAGCAAUACUCGAUAAUGAGUCGUUUGGAGCAGUUUUGUACAAAGGUCCUGGUAGCCAACCUUGGAUUAAAGAGUCCAAAAACACUGUUGGCAAUGGGCCGAGCUUUCUAACCAGCUCCAUUGCUAUACCUUAUGGGUACAUUCCUGAAGAAUCCAUUCGCACGCCGUUUUUUAACGUUGCGGGAUCCAAGUAUGGUGGAUAUUGCAUUCAAUCAUCGUCCAAUCUUGAUGCUAACUCGGUUUGUAACAAGGCGUUAGAUGGCUCGACUGCAGGUGAAUGGGCCAGUAAAUCAGAAGCAGUAGGAGCAUGGAUAAGCAUUGGCUUUGCAUCUUCAUACAAAAUCAAUAAAGUGCGAAUACUACAAAGAACCUUGAAUGUAGCACAAAGCAAAGAUGUUAGGCUUGACUUCAGCGAUUGCUCUACAUUUGCUGUGACUCUCACUCGCGACAAACAAGAUUUUGAAGAGUUUACAUUUUCACCUCGAAUAGCCUCCUGGGUAAAACUGACUGUGACGUCAACAUAUACAGCAUCUUCCAAUGGGUUUAAAGAAAUCGAAUUCUACUACGAUCAGUACGAAUCAGAUACUGUUUGUGACCAAGUCAAUGUCACCAGUGGCAGUACUUSUACUGCAUAUCGCCUGCUUACGUCAUCAACGGCCUUUCAGGUUCUGAGCCAGAAGCCUGUCAUUAUUCUCUCGACAACUUCAAGUUCAUCCGGACCUCGUUAUGAAAUCAUACUAGACGAUCCCAAUAAAAGUAAUACUACUUACGUCAAACGAUCACAUGACGGGUCAGCGGCGAUACAAGUAGCAAUGUCUGUUGCUAGGAAACGUGUGAUAAGUACAAGUACAUCUGUUCAUGUGUGGUUAGAAUGGAAGGCUGGCCGAGUAAUAGUAGGCAUGGGUGAAAGUGUUCUCUUGUAUUACCGCGAUGAACAGCCCUUGAACGUCAAGUACAUGUUUCUACAAUCACCUUCGUCUAAUGCAGUAUUCAAAGUGUGCGGACGAAAAGACUACAUCUACGAGAGUGCUUCAAGCUACUGGCCGCUGGAUAAAGUAAUCGGAGGCUCUCUUUUUGAUUUAAGUGGAUCAAAACGAGGCAGAAUGCACGGGCAAUUCGAGACGACAGAAGCAGCACAAGCACAUGUGCAGGGGUACACCUUUGUGGCUACACAAUUCGACGGAACAAGCAACUGGGCAGAUCUCGGCGACUUUAAAGACACGUGUGUCAGUGACAUGGAGUUGUGUUAUCAAGGAAUAACAGUGGUAUUGCGAGUAAACAGACAAGGUUCUGGCGARAGGUAUGUCAUCUCGUCUGGUGGUCAACACACGCGUGGUUUCGCUAUAUAUUCACCCAACUCAACUACCUUACGAGUUGAGGUUCGUGACUCAGAGAAACGUUGGAUCGUCGACAAGUAUCUUCCGUCCUCAAGACAUUUGUCAAUAGCAUUUUCAUGGUCCAAACACSUUGGUCUAACGCUAGUAUCGUACGCUGCGUCAUCUUUGUCCGUGGAUAGAAAUAGAAUAGGACAGGUUUUGAGCAGCUCUGCGGAUGAAGCAUCYCGUCUAACGUUAGGACGACCUAAUAAUGUGAUGGCUAAAUACUUCCAAGGCUCCAUAAAUGGUCUUGCCAUAUUCGAAUAUUCCAUGACGUCCGAGUCAAUGGCUGCUUUUUUCAAAGGCACAGGAAUGUCUGAUUACACUGACUCGUGCUAUAAAGAUAAUGCGCUCAGUCCCAGUCUCCUSUACUAUCCRGGCGAGAUUGACCCAGAGGUACUAAGCCCUAGUAUUUGCCGGGAACACUGCGGGAAUGCUUACUACAAGAAAGCUGUGAUAUACGAUGGGCGUGUAUGCAMGUGUACCAAUGAGACGUCAAGUUUCGCGUCAGUACAAAGCGAUCUUUGUACCGUCCCUUGUASUGGGAAUGCUGGCAUGAAAUGCGGUGGACRAGACUCUCAUGUGCUUGUGUUCGAUGCUUUCAAGUCCACGAYAAGCAUUGUUUGUGCCAACCCCACAAYACAAGAAGCUUUGACUCAAUUUUCWGUGACUGUGCAGAUUUCCAAACCUUUUUACGACCUAGAAAAGAACUUUAUCGACGUAGGCGAUGGCAGCUUGAAUGAGAAGCAUUCUUCUCCAUUCAAUCAUGCUUUUGUUGCUGUAGAGAACUUUACAACGAGUGUAAAAGCAGCGUUAAAGAAUAACGAAACUGGACAAGGUUUAACUAUCCCAUGUACGAACAGCAUAGCGUCUUUUYUGCCAACAAAAGGGUUCUCUUUCUCGUGUCCUGAAUAUGUUCCAACCAACACAGAAUUCAAGUGUAACAUAUCAUUUACACAAGGCUAUCAUGUCGAUGUAAAAGUCACGUCCAGUUAUUCAAUCUGGGUCAACAGUGGAAAAAGAAACCUUAUUGCUUUGAACAACACAGUUGAWGUAUCAGAAUGUGAUUUCUUCGGUCUUCUCGUUCCUUCUAUUUCAUCGGCUGCUACCAUGGCCACGAGUUACGCAUCUCAAAGUACACUGUUUUAUUCCCCGUCCGCCAUCACUGCUGCUGGUUCCAAURAUAAUACUUUUAUUGGGCUGCGCUCACCACCGCAGGCAAACGGCCCACAGGUUGUUAAUAACGUUCCACACUUCCAAUUCAAGAUCAUCCCACAUGGAAAAGUGAUGACGACCCAUACUUAUGUGUCAGAGGGAACAUAUAAAGCUAAGGCAGAACACGGUUCUAACAGCGCUUUGAAUGUCAUCCACGCACAAAAUGUMGUGUCGAACAUUAGUUUGAAUUGGGUUGAAGUGUACCCUACAAAGGAGGCAUCAAACGUGUCGUUGUCCUCUCAUUCAGGCACUAAUGUUAGCUACACCUGGAUAUUUAACACCACAAAUAUCACCACCUCUACAACCUGGCUCAUGCAUUCUUGUCUGACUAGCGGCUUCCACUCAGUUGCAGUAUUUGCUCGUAACAAGGUCAGCGUGAGUUAUACUCGAUGCUCCAUUGAAUGUCAGGAGAGAAUAAGUGGGUUAGGAUUCACUUUAAAUGGACUACCAACUUCUGCUGAGAAGGUCGCGACAAACAUUAGCUGGACUCUUCUAAAUGGAUCAAACGUGAACUUCAAGAUUGACCUGGGAGAUGGUUCUGGGGUGAGAGAGUUGAAUGACUCCAAAGUUGCUGGAGCAACAUUUGUUGGCACCUUGAAUAAGACGUAUGGAUCAGCGGGUGUCUAUAAUGUUACCAUCACARCUUCUAACAAACUUGGAAAUGUAACAAUAAGUGGUUUAAUCACCAUCCAAGAACAAAUUGCUAACGYAUCUACGGACGCUCCAAACUGCAUAGCUACAAACAGCAGUGUGAAUAUYACAGCGAGCACAGAUCAUGGUGAUACGAUGAGAUACGCAUGGACAGUCAAUAACAAGACCAUCAAGACAAACGAACAGCCAUGGUUUAUCUAUACGCCUUUUAAAGCGGGUAUCUACAACUUGACCCUUGUUGUAUAUAAUAAUGUCAGUACAGGGUUAUGCAGCUGUAAGUUCAUUCAAGUAAAAGAUACCGUGGGUGAUGUGGAAGUUGGUCCCGURCUGCCAGCAGGAAUUGGCCAGCCAUUGUCWAUACCAUACAAGGUCAACCAUGGAAGUGAUUUCCGCGUUUYAGCUUGUUAUGGAGAUGGAGUGUGYGUUGAUAAGAACGGCAYAGAAGAUGSAGAAGGAGUGGCUGUUUACAGUGGUGUAUUUGCUCAUAGUUACGCUAAACAUGGUGACUACCAAGUAAAUCUAACGGUUUGCAAUUGUGCUGGAUGUAAUUCAACGUCAAUCAAUGUCCAUGUUGAAACUCCUGUUAAAGAUCCAAAAGUGGCUGUCAGUAAAAGUGGUCGUCCCGGCAACCUAGACAAAGCCUGCAGUGCGCCACUUUACGUCCAAGUCAACCAUUCAGUCUUCAUGGCAUUAAGUGUAGGUAAUGGUACMAACGUGAAAGUCGUAUGGGAUUAUGGCGAUGGUUUGAACUCAUCUGAGUCUAGUGUUGGACCUUUUAAUAAAGAUGGUAUGCACUCUAACCACUCAUACAGUAAAGCUGGAAACUACACAAUCACAGCAAAGCCUCACAAUCUGAAUGGUCACGAGGUGUUCACGUGUCACGUUGUUGCRCAAGAUCCUAUUCUUGGAUUAACAGUCACGUCGAAUUCACCAGUAGGAUUCYCUGAUGGUUCAGCAACUGUGACUACGGUCACUACCGCUCCACSCCCUAGUAGUCCGAUCCAUUGUGUCUAUAAAUACGGAGACACCAAAACUUCUGCCUCACUACCAAUGUCAUUCGCGGAGAAACAAACAGCCAUAACUCACCAUAACUACCCUUACAAAGGCAAGUUUAGAGGGAGUGUUAACUGUUCCAAUGCAAUCAGUUUUUUCGUCGAGCCUUUUCAAGUGGAAGUACAAGAAAAGAUUUAUGGGUCCACUAUCAAAGCUCUUGGAACAGUCCCACAGAAAAAGAUACCCUGGAUUGUUGGUGAUGGGUAUAGGGGACCAGGAAAAGAGGGCACGAUAUUUGGACGAAAUACUGAUAUUCAGUUUGUUACGAACUCUGUAAAUGGCUCUAACCUUACUUGUUCAUUCUGUUUUGAUUGUAAUGGCGCUGAACAAGUCACGAAGAACGCCAGUUGUGGCAACAUCACUCACAGGUUCACAGCCAGCGGGAAAAAGGAGGUGAAAGUUGAGGUAAAAAACGACGUUAGUAGUGAAACUAUCAAAAUAAACUUGAGAAUUGAUGACAAUAUUGAUUGUGCCAGCCUGCCAAACGAUGGACCUAAAUCAAAAGGUAACCAUCACAUCUUUACUGCAUCCCCGAAGAUGGUCGGGUCAAACUGGUGUUGUUACAUCGACUAUGGAGAUUCUAGUACACCAGAAUAUUGGGUGCCAGAAACUUCGAACUGCACAAAUGAUCUUGGAUUCCAAACARCUCUGAAGAGAUUUAAAGGAGACAGUUUUCAUACGAAUCACACGUACUCAGAUGUUAGGGAGUAUAGUGUGACGAUGAAGUGCGGUAAUACAGUCUCAGAAUGCACGUUAGAUAGUAAAGCAGUUUUGGUACAAAUCCCUUGUAAACAGCCAACAGUUUCUAUCUUGGAUUUUUCUCCUAAUUUAACUUCUGCUACAGAAAAAAUGAAAUCAGCAGAAAUCGAAAUGCGGUCCAAAAAUGAAAUCGAUUGUAAAGCAUCAUUGAAACGUGUAUUCACGUGGAAAGUAUACAACACCACGAAGUCCAAGGAUGUCCCGAUAAACCUGACGGGUAGAGUUGAUACAAGUAAGGAGCAGUUGAUCCUUUCCCCAAGAACACUAGAAGUGGGUGUUUACAAAGUCUGCUUCACGCUCAACAUGACUGAAAUCAUUGGAGUUCACGGUACUGCUUGCUGUUAUAUUCGUAUAAUUCCGUCACCUAUUAUCGUGGAGAUUGUCGGGGGAACCGAGGUGGCUGUCGGGUUUAAUAAAACAAGAUAUCUUGAUGCACGAAACUCUAAAGACCCUGAUUCAGAACUGACAGCAUCCAACGACCCACAACUGAAGUGUUAUUGGUUUUGUAAACGUGAGGGGGAUAAUUAUACGCUGCCUACACAUGUUGACCCACACAACCUUCCCCCCGUACCCAAACCACGUGAAAUACCAGUCAAUGCUAGUCAAAAUGGGACUGACCUCGGGGGGUGUUUUGGCGAUGGGCCUGGGAGACUAAGAGACCGUGAAACUUGCAAUUUGCCAGUUUCUACAGACAAAAUGCAAGAAAACACAAAAUAUGACUUCAGAGUAUGUGUUGUUCACGACGACAAACGAAUCAAGUGCACGAACCAAAGAUGGGAUAUCAAGCCAGGCGAUCCCCCGGCUAUGGCCAUAGAAUGCCAUUACAACUGCAAGGAAAAGUUGAAUCCUUCAAGUAAAGUCUCCUUAUCGUGUUAUUGUGUAAGCUGUACUGUAUAUACGCCAGUACAAUAUGAGUGGGAAAUCAGUCGUAAGAAACCUGGAAGCUCCAAGUACGAAACCCUGACGGAAGAUCAAGUAAAGAAGAUGAUUAAGACACCAAUUGAUGGACGUAGUUUUUCAAUUGGCCCCAACGAACUGACUGGUGGAGACGAGUACAAGUUCACUUGUAAAGGGAGUCGAGGGAAUAAAGGAACAAAGGGAUUUGCAAGUUACAAGAGGACGGCAAAUUCCAAGCCGGCCAAUGGUACCUGUGACGUCGAACCCAAGACUGGCCUUGCACUUAACACUACAUUCACCAUCACGUGUUCUGGAUGGGAAGAUGAAGAUCAGCCUCUUCUAUACACUUACGGCACUGCUAAAGAUUGUCAUAGCGAAAUGCAAAUCUUGGCGCCAGACAGAGGAGAACCCCUUUACAAAGUAGUGGCGAGCAUGAUGCCAGGACCGAAGGAAAACAACUACACGACCUAUGUUAUAGUACACGUGUCAGAUAAGCACAAAGCUAUAAACACAUUAACAUGUAUCCCCAUCCAGGUAAAAGAAAAGAAGUUAGACACAGCAAGUCUCGAGAACAUCCUGGAUGGUCGCGUCCAGAAUCUGCUGGCAUCGGGCAGUGGUAACGAGCUCAACCAAGUUGUGUCUUCAGUUCUCUCUCAAGUAAACAAAGAGUCGUCGUCUGGGGACAGUGAGCCCGCAAGUGGUGACACAGCAGCACCGACGAAGAGUCCUGAAGAGCUGGAUAAAGAACGAGAAGAGAGGACGAAGAUUAGAACACAGGUCAUUGGUGUAAUGUCCCAGGCUGCAAACGCCGUAACAAAUCUAAAAGAUGUGACUCAGACAACCAAAACCCUCGAACAGGCUAUUAAUGAUCCCAAGGAACUCACGCCAGAAGCUAAGGAGCAAGCGGUAGGGAUAUUCAGUAAAAUGACGUCAACUAUUAAAUCCAAAUCUACGGGUGCCGAGCCUCAAGAGGUAGAGCAGGCAGUCAAGGCGGUCGCUGAAGGAAUCAGUAACUGUAUUGACUUUAUGACUGAGGGACCACCUGUUGUGCAAACGACAGUAGCACCUGCGACAGCAGGAGUGACAGAGUCACUUGACCUAGAUGAUGAAGAGCCAACACCACCAAAGAUCAGUCAAGAACAAAAAGAUACGAAUAGAAAAUUAGCUUCCACCAUAAUCAAAACCAUAGAUGAUAUAGCUACUUUAGUUCAAGAUACGAAACGACCCGGAGAAAAGCCCACAGUAUUGAAGACUGCAACCAUGGAAAUUGAAUUGUCACGUGAACGAAGUGAAGAUUUGAAAAAUAAAAGCGUCUCGAUUUCAGGCUUGAGCAUGGAAACGAGCAAUGAGAUGUUUCCAGGCGAGGAUUCGGGUGGUGGUAAAGAACCGCCAGCUAUUGAUUCAAUGAUUCUAACAUCUUCAAAGAAUAUUUAUAAUUACGACGAAAGUGCAUAUCUAGUUGAAGGAGGACAGGUUGCAACAAUCGAGUUUAAAAACAGCACCACUAAAGAUCCUUUGAUGUUUCAAAACCUCUCCAAACCCGUAGAAAUGUUUAUUGAUCGAGUCUCAUCCGAACUGAAGCCUGUAACAUACCCCAUGGAAACAGACAGCUUGUAUUUUAUUCGCAUGAACGUGUAUAUAAACGACAGCGCUGUUCAUGUUAAUGUCUACCCCGACAGCUGUGAUUACGGGUUUCAUGUCUUCAUAAAAGUAGGAUCUUUUCCCAGUGAGAAUAGCUUUGAUUACAAUUAUACACUUCCGCAUGAUGGACAUUGGGACUUAAGCUCCAACUGCAGCAAGUCAUCCAAUCAUUCGUCAGCAUUCCAGAUUUUCAUGAGUAAUAAGGACUUGAACCACACUGCUGCAGGACGUUACUACAUCGGAAUCAAGAUCAAGCCUCGAAACUCAACCAAAAGCCUUGACAUUCUCCCAGCAAACUUUACCACCGAGUUGUACACAUCGAGCUGCAUGUACUGGAAUUCACAAAACGCUGGAAGCUGGAAGUCUGAUGGCUGUGUAGUUGGGCGAAAGACGACCCCGCUACGAAUCCAAUGCUUGUGUGAUCACCUGACAUCAUUCAGUUCAAGCUUCAUUGUCCCGCCAAACAAGAUCGACUGGAAGAAAGUUAAGGACUUUAACCUUAAAGAUGCCUACGUCUGUCUGAGUACCGUGUUAGGUGUAUUUCUACUUUAUUUUCUCUUCUUGAUACCAGCCAGAAGAGCGGACAGACGUGAUGCCGAACAGACUGGAGUGAGUCCUUUACCCGACAAUGACCCACGUGAUACCUAUUGCUACGAGAUCCACGUGCACACAGGAUUCAUCCGUGGAGCUGGAACAAGUGCUGAAGUAUCAAUCGUCAUGAAUGGUUCAGUUGGAGAAAGUGACCCUCGGGUACUCAAAGACCCUGUGCGUAAGACCUUCCGUACCGGCGGGGUAGACGCGUUCCUGAUGACGGCACCACAGUCCAUAGGAAGCAUCAGGAAUAUACGUAUUUGGCAUAACAAUGGUGGUGGGGAACCGUCAUGGAAUCUAUUGCGGGUCAUGAUACAAGACUUACAGACAGAACAGCGAUGGUGGUUCGUGUGUGACAGGUGGUUAGCUGUAGAUGAAGGUGAUGGCAAGAUUGAACGCAUCUUAUAUCCUGCUACAAGUAACGAAUUGACGAAGUUUAACGUGCUCUUUGCCACUGAGGUACGCAAGAAUCUGACGGACGGGCACCUUUGGUUUUCAGUGGUAACGCGCCCGGCCCGCAGUACUUUUACACGUGUCCAGCGGUUAACAUGCUGCUUGUCCAUCUUGCUCUGUACAAUGUUAGCCAAUGUCAUGUUUUAUGAGGUAGAUGCAUCAGAGGGACCAAAGGAAUCCAUCAAAAUCGCAGGUUUCAGUUUUUCUCUUGCACAAGUUUCAAUUGGUGUCAUCAGCAGUCUUGUCGUAUUUCCAUCCAAUCUUAUCGUUGUACAACUUUUCCGGAAAGCACGUGCCAAAGAAACAAAAGUCAAAAUUGCUCCAUCAGAAGGAAUUAGUCCAAACGAGAUCGACAUCGAAGUGGGGAAAGAGAAAGAUGAAAAACCUAAAAAAGAAGGUCUUCCUCACUGGUUUGUGUACGUGGCGUAUGUACUUGCUAUAGGAAGUUCUCUUGCAUCUGGAGUGUUUGUUAUUUUCUAUGGUUUAACAUUCGGUGAACAGAAGUCAGCACAAUGGUUGAUGUCGAUGACCAUAUCCUUCAUACAAGAUGUCCUCAUAUCUCAACCAAUCAAAGUCUUCCUACUCGCAUCGAUUUUUGCCCUUUUGAUCAAAGACCCAAAUAAGGCUGAGAAUGAUCCGUUGACAGACGCUAAUAAACUAUCCACGGAUGAAGAAUGGCUGCACAAAAAUGUUAAGGAUCUGAAUGACGAUGAAAAAGAAAGCUUCAAGAAGCUCAUCACGGACCGUCCACCUGACGAAGCCAAACUAGAAAUCGCACGUCAACUGCGUAUGAAAGAAAAACACAUGAAAUCGAUCAUCCGGGAACUUGUGUGGUACGUGUUCUUUCUGUUGAUUGUUUUGACAGUCAGUUACGGAAACAGAGACCCAGCAACCUACCAAGUUAACAAGUACGUUCAUAAUAUCUUUCUAAACUCCCGGUAUAGUGGAAAAGUUAAAUUCAGUGAGGUAUCAAAGAUCAAUGAUUAUUGGACAUGGCUGAAUACGACUGUGUUGCCUAGUAUAUACCAGGAUAAAUGGUACAACGAUCUUCAAAGCUACCCUCUGGGGUUUGUUGCUGACACACCGACUGAUUUGAUUCUGGCCGUGGUGAGACUUCGACAGUUACGAAUAAAAAAAGAUUCUUGCACUUACCUCAAAAUCUUCCACGAUGCCAUCCCUGAAUGCAAUGAUUUUUACUCACCUGAUAAAGAAGAUCGUAGAAACUUGUUACCUGGCUGGAAAGAACCACCUACUAUGACUAACACGACUGACCUACCUGCACAGUCAGCUACAAAGACUGCCUGGGACUACCAAACAGGAGAAGAGUUGAAGACGUUCGCUUACUGGGGCUACAAGGCUACUUAUGAAGCUGGAGGUUAUGUCCAGGAACUACCAACAUCUCUCAAGGUCAAUGGCCCUAAAGCCCAGGCAGUGUUGGACUCACUCCGAAAUGACAACUGGCUUGAUCGCUAUACCAGAGCCAUAUUUACAGAACUGUCAAUCUACAAUGCAAAUACGAACUUCUUCUGCGUGAUUACAUUAUUGUACGAACAGUUACCAACAGGCGGGCUCUUCAACUACCCCAGUAUCUUGACACUCAAGCUCUAUCGCUACGUUGGAGCAGAUAUGUACUUCGUUCUUGGCUGUGAAGUCGUCUAUCUUCUUUUUACACUCUAUUUUAUAUUCCGUGAGCUUAAGAUGGUCAAGAAGGAAGGAAUAGGUCACUUAAAGAACCCGUGGAGCUUGGUUGAGGUAUUUGUCACUAUGUUAUCCUUGUCCCUUGUCAUAUUGUAUUUCGUCAGGAUCAAGUUCACAGGAGACUCAGUGAAAGCCAUGCGAAUGGACCACAACAAGUUCGUAAGCUUUCAUUAUACCGCCUUUUUAGAUGAGUGGAUCAAUGCUAUGAUGGGCUUGAUUGUGUUCUUAUCAUUCCUUAAAAUCGUUCGUCUUCUCCGGUUCAAUCGAAGGAUGUCCCUUCUCGCCCAGACGUUAAGAGUUUGUUUACCAAGAAUCUUCGCGUUCCUAAUCAUCUAUGGGAUGGCAUUCUUUGCUUAUGCACAGUUUGCUUGCCUUGUAUUCGGGCAGAGUAUGGCCGGAUUUGGAACCAUUCUCCGUAGUUCAGCUACUUUAAUGGAUACAAUUUUAGGCAAGUUUGCUCUUAAAGAAAUCACGGACGCCAAUCGGAUUAUUGGACCAACCUUUUUCUAUUUUUACACGGUUACCAUGGUGUUCAUUCUCAUCAACAUGUUCUUGUCAAUCAUCAACGACUCUUUCAGUGAGGUCAACAGUGAUGUCAAUAAGCAGUCCAACGAAUAUGAAAUUGUGAAUUUCAUGGUGCAUAGGUUAAAGGAGAAUAUUGGCAAAACCAUUGGCAACGCCAUCAUGCCAAUAUACAAAGAACCCAAAUCAGCACUGGAGAAAAACUGUGAUACUAUUGUAGAGAAUGCAGACAGUAUCAUGCACCAUAUGAGAAACAUGACGUUUGAGAAUAUGAGGCAUACCAAAUGGUUCGACACCGAGACUUCCAGAGAGAGAAAGAAAAAGAUGUUCAAAAUAUUGUUGGAAGUUGAUUGGGAUUACUUCGAGGACGAACUGGCCGACGGAAUUCCUGUUUUUGAAGAGUUUCUUAAGAAAUACGACGAUGAAAAACUUGAAAAGGUUUAUAGAGCAUACCGCUUUAAGAAACUGAGAGACGAGGAGAUGGAAAGCAGGUUUACUACACGAGAAAGUGACAAUGACGAAGAAGAAGAUGACAGUUCAUCCGGGUCCAGUUCUGAUGACUCAGGUGGUCAAAGUGACAACAAUAACGAUGAAAAACCCAAUCAUGACUACAGCCUUCUUGAUGCCUCAGGAGACCCAAGGCAAGAAAAAAUAGUCCCUAGUCCAGCAAAAUCAAUUAAAAGUAUGUGCGCCUCACCAAGUGGUCUACGAACACCGAUUUUGCUGCACUCUCCAAGACCAUCAAGGUCCCCUGAUCCGGGUAAGGCGCAGCGGUUAAGUACUAGUGUUCCUUUGGCAAGCGAGUCCGAGUUGUCUGAAGUCUUGAACGACGUAGAGAGGACUAGAUGCGCAACUGAUGCAGAAUUAAACAGUUUCCUAUCAGAAAUAAAGUCAGUUGACGACAGCAACUUCCCUAAAUAUGACAGCGAUCCAGAACAGACAUCAAAGAAGGAGAAAAAGAAAAAGAAAAAGAAAGCCAAGAAAGUGAAACCAAGGAGUGCCGUCUCUCUCAAAAGUAAAGCAGCCUGGGGAGACGAUGCUGAACAAGUUUCCCGUAAAUCACCCGCGGGAUCUAGUGACAAACAAAGAAUCUUACCUGAAGGGUCAGAAAACGACAAUACAUUUGCUCAGGACAACGAGGGAUUUGAAAAUGAGAUUCCGUCAAACAACAAAGAGAAGAAACGAAAGAACAAGAAGAAAAAGGAGAAAAAACUAUCUCUGAGUGAAAAUCUGGACAUUGAGUCCAUGGGAUAAACAUUCCGUGAGCCUGGUAACGCCAGGUGUCUUAUCCAAAGCACUGUUUUUAAUACUACAUCAUUAGUCAGCGAUUAGCAGCAAAAAUGCAUGCGUUAAAGCAGGUAAAUGAAUACUCACUAUACUGUAAGUAAAUAUAUAAUUUAUAGAAACAAGUUAACAGUGACAUCCCACUGUUUAAGAAGGAUAAAAAAGGCACAAUUUGAUUUGCACACAUUCACCCCUUGCGAGGGGAGAUCAGCGUACGAUAAAUGCACAUCAUACAUAAUAUGGCACUUGGAAAAAAAACUCUGGUAAAAAUUAGUAGGCAAUGUAGUAAGAUAACGAAGCAUUUUGGAAAUGCUGAACAAUGAAAUAAAGUACCAAUACUAGA